AUGGAGCUACAUGACGCCACAGAAUCAUGCAUUGGUGCUGGAAGGAAUGCUGCUCAUGAACAAGUUGGCGAAUGGCGACCAGAGUCAGACAAGCUUGUCGUGAUGGGAUCUCUUGCCAUUCUGUCCUUCAUGGUAGCUCUUGAUGCAUGCGUAAUCGUCACAUCAUUAGACGCUAUCGUGGAAGAUUUACAGACUACGGCGAACGGAGGCUUCUGGAUUGGCACUGCCUACUUGCUGGCCAACGCGGUCGCCAUGCCUUUCAUAGCCGAUCUGAGCAAGGUUUUUGGCCGCCAAUCAUGCUUGAUGGCAUCUUUGCUCUUUUUCACGGUCGGCACCAUCCUCUGCUGCCUAUCUCACGCCAUUACACAGAUGCUUGUUGGUCGGGCCCUCCAAGGUAUCGGCGGCGCCGGCAUCAUCAUGCUGUGCCUCGUCAUCUACACCGACCUCGUACCCCUUCUCUACCGACCGAAGUGGUACGGCAUAGUGCUCGGAGCAUGGGCUCUGGGGAACUGCGCGGGACCCAUCGUUGGAGGAGCCAUAGCUCAGUAUACCACGUGGCGUUGGAUCUUCUACAUCAUGUUCCCUUUUUGCGCUGCCGGCAUUGUUCUUGUUCAAUGGAAGGUGAAGCUGAAGCCUCGAAUUGCUGCCGCACGCGACAAUCUUGCCUCGAUCGACUGGGCUGGCGGCAUCUUCUUCAUAAGUUCUUCGACCUUGUUCCUCGUUGCCGUCUCCGGCGGCGGCCUACAGUCUGCCUGGGAUAGUGCUGACACGCUGGUCCCCUUAUGUGUCGGUACAGCUGGCUUGCUCUGGACUUUUGUAUACGAGGCACGACUGUCAAGGCGACCUUUUCUUGACCUUGGCCUCUUCUGGGGGUUUUCACCCAUUGCUAUCUACGUUUGUGGUGCUGUUCAAGGUCUUGUGAUCUAUGGCCAGCUAUACUAUAUCCCGCAGUUCUUCAUCGUCGUCAAAGGCUUCUCGCCCGUCGACACAGGCCUCGCCCUUUUCCCCGUCAUGUUCACCCUCGUGCCGGGUUCGAUCGUGACCGGUGCUUUGGUCACACGAACAAAGAACUACCAGUACCCGAUCUGGGCUGGCUGGUCGUUGACCGUGAUCGCCUCAGGCCUGACACUUCUCUGGGACAUCAACACGCCAAUCGGUGUCUGGGCAGUAACCCUCGUCCUGCUGGGCCUGGGCCACGGCGCCGUUCUGAAUGCACAGAACUUUGCCUCUCAAGCUGCGUGUAAGCCGGGAGCAGAGAGCGCAGCCGCCGCAAUGUACGCCUUUGCCAGACAGUUCGGCAUGGCAGUGGGCGUCGGGGUUGGUGGCUCGGUAUUUCAGAACAUAUUUGGGCUUCAACUGGAUUCCUACGGCCUUCCGGCGGAUGGUACUGCCCGAGGCCAGUCCAACACGGCGGAAAUUCUGGGAGCCGUUACUGACGAUGAAACCCGGGUCCGGAUCUUGCAUGCAUGCGUCCGCGGCCUCCAUGGGGUGUAUGGUCUUUACGUCGGACUUUCAGGCGCCGCCUUGUUGAUGAGCCUUCCAAUCAGGAAGUUCAACAUGGAUCGAGCUCUUGUGACAGAGCAGAGGCUGCAGUCCAGCGGAGAUAGGUCUGGAGACAUCGCCCACACAACCUGA